CAAUGUCAACAAAGAUGUAACUCAAGAGUAGUAUGUAAUGUCAAAUAAAUAACCUUCAAAAUUAUUAUAUAUAACUUUUAACAAAUAAAAUAAAUUAAAAAUGUUACUUAGCAUAGUAACACCCAAAAAUGUAUUCAAUACUAUUAGCGUGUGCCCUAAAUUGGUCCCCGGUGUUGUACAUUGUUCCCACAGGCUGAUUGCAUCGACAUCAGAAAAGGCAGAAGCUGUAGACUUGGCUUACGCUUCAUACGAAAGUACAGGCAGUACAAAAACGGGAGCAAGACCACCUUUAGUCAUAUUGCACGGACUUUUAGGGUCGAAAAAUAACUGGAAUAGUAUGAGUAAAGCUAUCCACAGGACAACUGGUAGGAAGGUUAUCAGUGUUGACGCUCGGAACCAUGGAGACAGCAGACAUGCCUCGCAACACACGUACAUACACAUGGCGCACGACGUGAUGAAGCUGCUGAAGAAGCUGGAGCUGUCGAAGGUGUCCAUCCUGGGGCACAGCAUGGGCGGACGCACAGCCAUGGUGCUGUCACUGCUCUGUUCUGACAUGGUUUCAAGCCUCAUCGUGGUUGACAUAUCUCCAGUGAAGACUAGUCCUCAAAUCUUCUCAAUGGCAAACUUAUUUGAUGCUAUGACUUCUGUCUCAAUCAGGCCUGGAAUUGCAAUGUCUAAAGCUCGGAAGUUGGCUGAUGAGCAACUAAAAGGAAUCACUCCUGAUGUUAACUUGAGAAACUUUCUAAUUACUAACUUAGUACAAACAAAUACAGGUUCAUACACUUGGAGAGUAAAUAUACCUGCUCUGAAAGACAACUUUCAGUCACAUAUAUCCAGUUUUCCCUCCAAUUUAAGAGGACUGCAAUACUGUGGACCUACGCUUUUUGUUGGAGGAUCUUUGUCAGAUUACAUAGGCAAAAAUGACCUGAAAGAAAUUCAAGAGUACUUCCCACUUGCGGAACUGCAGUUCAUCGAUGGUGCAGGACACUGGGUACAUAGUCAGAAGCCAGAGAAAUUCCUAGAAACAGUUUGCAAAUUCUUACAAGAAAAGUGAAAAUAACCGUCUAGCAAAAUUAUUGUGAUUCUCAUUAUAAUAGCGUGCUCCAUUUUGAAUAGUUAAAUAAAUUGUUUUUAGAGUAUUUAUUGUUACAUCCAUAGUGGAUAAAUAAAAUGUGAUAUACCAUAAGCAA